AAAGUUGCUAAACUAGCCAAAAAUUCAACAAAAAUUCAUGAUUUUUCGACAAUUGAAGAAACAAUAUUAAAUCCACAUGAAAAUAUCUACCUUCCUUCCCGCGCCUUCCUCAGCUGCUCUUCCGGUUUGAAAAAAACAGUGAACUGAAAAUAAUCCGCAAAUGGAAAAUCGAGAAGAAAAUCAAGUCACAGAGGAGCAGCGGCGACGCGCCGAAGCGAAUCGCGCCGCCGCCCUAGCCAAGCGCAAGGCCAUCCUCUCCCUCGCCGAACAACCCUCCCAUGGCUGGGAUCUGUCCAAGUGCCGCAAGCUCUCUCCGGAAACUAGCAUCCACGUCGCCAAACCGCCCCUUGCCUCCAAGUCAAUCGCACCGCCAGAGAUCCUCCACGUUCGGGUGGAAAUUUGCGCGCCUGAUUCGUUUUCAGUCUCUCCCGUCGCUGUCGAGGGUUUGGCGUUUCCCGGCGAGGAUGCUGCUUUUGAGAAGCUCGCGGAUUUUUUAUCGAAUGUGACUUUAUCACACUACACACAGAACACUGGUGGUGGAAGGGGUUGUGUUUACAGGCUUUAUGAUUAUCACUCGGUUUUGAAGUCCCUAAAGAGUCGCAAGGACAUUGUAUGUGAAGAGAUACCUUGGUGUACUUUCAAUGUUGUUGAGAAAUUCUCGCAUUCAUUCAUUUCCGGAAGAUGGACACCAUGCAGGCCUGAGCACUUCCCUGAUGAGAAAGUGGAUGAGUUGAUUUCCGAGCUCCCAAAAGCGUUCUUAAAAGCUUUACUACCUUUUCAAGUUGAUGGUGUUCGUUUUGGACUGAGGAGGGGUGGUAGGUGCCUCAUUGCAGAUGAAAUGGGUCUUGGGAAGACUCUCCAGGCUAUUGCAAUCGCAGCCUGUUUCAGGAAGGAAGGUUCCAUACUGGUUGUUUGCCCAGCUAUUUUGCGAUAUUCCUGGGCGGAAGAAUUGGAGCGCUGGUUUCCUUUUUGUUUGCCUUCUGAUAUUCACCUAGUUUUUCGCGGUCCAGACAAUCCUGCAAGAUUAACUAAACUUCCAAGAAUUGUGGUCAUAUCAUACACCAUGCUUCGUCGUUUACGAAGUAGCAUGCUGGAACAAGAUUGGGUCACCUUGAUAGUUGAUGAAUCACAUCACUUGCACUGCAGCAAACAAUCAUCUGAAAAGGAUGAGCUACAAGUUGUGCUUGAUGUGGCUACGAAGGUCAAGCAUCUCAUUCUUCUCUCUGGAACUCCCUCUCUGUCAAGGCCUUUUGACAUUUUUCAUCAGAUAAAUAUGUUGUGGCCAGGUUUGCUUGGGAAGGGCAAGUAUGACUUUGCGAAAACUUACUGCUCUCUCAAAAAAAUUCAGGGUCGUCAAGGAAUAGUUUUUAAGGAUUUCUCUAGGGGAACCCGCUUGGAGGAAUUAAAUAUUCUACUAAAGCAAAGUGUAAUGAUUAGACGUCUAAAGGAACACGUUUUACUCCAACUACCGCCCAAGCGUCGGCAAAUUAUAAAAUUAGUUUUGAGUAAAUCAGAUAUUAAUUCUGCUAUGGUAGCUCUAGGGCUUGAAGAUGUUGAUACUACUGCAGAAAGUGACGCUGAAAAUGCACCUAUUCCCAUUUCUGAUGAUGAUCCAGAUUGUGAUAUGAAGAAGAAAUUGUCAAAAAAGCUAUCUGCACUUGGUUUAGCAAAGCUACCUGGAUUCUUUGAGUGGCUCUCUUUUCAUCCUAUUAUGUUGGAGAAGGAUGGAGAAGAAAUCAGGCAAGAAAGUUCGAGUUCACACAAAAUGAUAAUAUUUGCCUAUCAUCAUAAGGUGCUUGAUUAUGUACAGGCGUUUCUCUGUGAGAAAGCAAUGCAGUUUGUUCGCAUUGACUGUACUGUAACUGGUGUUGACAGGCAGGCAGCUAUUCAGUCAUUCCAAUCAUCAAAAGAGGUUAAAAUUGCCUUGAUCGGCAUCCGUGCUGGAAGCACUGGUCUUAACUUAACAUCAGCAGACACUGUUGUGUUCGUGGAAUUACCUACGAACCCUGCUGAUAUUCAACAGGCUGAAGAUCGAGCUCACCGGCAUGGACAGAAGAGAGUGGUGAAUGUAUACAUUUUCUGCGCAAAGGAUACUUCAGAUGAGUUACAGUGGCAGCAACUUAAUAGGAGUUUGCUGCGCGUUUCUUCUACUGUCAAUGGGAAGCGUCACGCUAUACGUGAGAUAGAGGUUGAGGGUGUUUCUUCUCUAGAAAGCACUAGAAGUACAACUGAGAAUAUAAAGCAAUCCAUCGUAUUUCAAAAUGCUUGUGUAGAGCAUGAACCAGAUCUUCCAAAGGCAUCGUCUGAUAUGCAUGUAGAGCUAGAUAACAGUUGUGUUGAACUACAUGAAAGUGAAAUAGCAUUAAAUGGAGAUGGACGUGUCAACGAAGUUGAAUAUGGAGUGAAGGCUGAUAUCCAGCGAAGCAGUCUUCGCUUUGAGGUGAGCCAACACACUGGCAGGAUCCACUUAUACUCUUGUACCUCAGAAACACAAUGUAGACCGAGUCCACUUUUUAAGAGUUUUCGGCAAGAGGAGGUUGAGUGUCACUCUCUUGCAGACGAAAAUGAGAAACCCAGUGGUGAAUCAGUUGAUGAUAAUUCAAUAUACAUGGAAGCUCUUAUGUCUUUCAUCAAUGAAUGGAAGGAGCUAAGGCCUAUUGAGAGGAGGAGAUUGAUCAAUAAACCCUUGCAGCUUCCACUGUCUUGCGAAUUAUGUUACUUGAAUGAAAGUCUUAAUCACGAAACUGGGGGACUACUGAGAGGUGGCAGCAGCAGGCGCAAAACACCUUUAGAUGAGAUAGGCAAUUCAUUACCAUCAAAUGCUGCUUGGAGAAAUGUCAGCCUGUGUAGUGGCCAAGGUCAGAAAACGAAAACGUAUACACAAGCUUGGUCGGACCUGGAUGAACCACUCUGCAAACUGUGCCAGAAUCCCUGCAUGGGAAAUGAUGCCAAGUUGCCCCAAUUCUUUGAGGAUCUUUUCUGUGGUUUGGGCUGCUUUGAAGAAUAUCGCUCACGAACUAGCAAUAGAUUCCUUCGUCAGGGACUUUUCCAAAUCGAACAUGGCAUUUGCACGAACUGCCAUAUUGACUGUCAUCGACUUGUGAAACACUUGAGAGUUCUAUCAGUUGAGAAGCGGGAAGCAUACAUUAAAAAUGUGGCUCCGAAUAUUGCAUCACACAAGAAAAUGCUAGCCAAGCUUGUUCAGGACCCUUCUGAAGGCAAUGCUUGGCAUGCAGACCAUAUCAUACCCGUGUAUAAAGGAGGAGGCGAGUGCAAGCUGGAAAACCUGAGGACCCUCUGUAUUGCUUGUCAUGCUGAUGUAACCUCUGCACAAUGUGCUGAACGGCGUAUUGCUCGGAAAAAGGCUAAGAAACAACUCAAAGUGACUAUGAGUGACCUCAUAAAUAGUGAAAAGCGGACAGACAUACUAAAGAAAUGUGAACAGUCUCGAAGUGACACAGUGGAUGAUGAUCUACUAAUUCACAUUCCCGGGAGUGCAUAUUCGGGACCAAACAUCAAUGGGCCGAACGAGCAAAAUCAACAGCCAGAAGUGGUUGGUCAAUCAUCGACAGAACAUAUUCUCCCCGGCAGUGGUGAUGGCAGAAGAGUUGUUCACUGCAAGAAAAGUUGACACUUGACAACUGGAAAACUCAUUUGCUUGAGAAAGGCUGUGAAGAAUGAGGAGAGCUCGAGUUCGGGCUUGACACAGUCUCUUAAAACUACCCCGGCGUCUGUCCACUGGAAACAAGAACGGAUCGCGUCGAGGGAAUACUGUACCAUAUCGAGUCCCCUAUCGCUCUUUAGUCAUAGUUUUCAUGACAUAAUGAGCAUAAGAUUUUUGGUUAAUGUAUAUUUCAAUGUCUCCCUAAUCAUAUGUUUCUCACAAGGGAAAUUCAAAAUGAGUUCUGCUUUACUUUAUUUACAAACUACAGCUCUUUAGAUCAAGAAUCUUUAAGGAUGAAAUGACGCAUUUAGAUUUGUUGGAUGCCAAA